GAAAGCUUAACAUCAAGUUUGAGGCAAAAAAUGGCGAAGUUGGAUACUAAAAACGAUUUGAAUCGCGUCGGCUUGUUCAGCGAGCUCGGCUACAUCUCAAUUGGUGAUCCGUUCAAAAGGAAGAGCACAGGUAAGAUUUUCAAGCAACAUCCUUGGUUGAAAUGAAAUUUUGAAUCAAUGAGUAAAGAGCUGCAGUUCAAGAAAACUACUAAUUCUACGUAAAAUAAACACGCAGAUGAAAACCCUAAAUUACCAUAAGCGUUGGAGAUACCUCAGUAAAUUAAUUUGUUGCAAGUGAAAGAUUAGGAAGCCUUUUUUUCCGCUGGAAAAACCAUGCGAAAGUUUUUUUUAAUGCAAUAUGGACAUUAGAGUUGCAAAUCACAACAUCCCUCUUGAAGACCUUCAAACGGGGAAAACAGCAUCAUGUUUAUGCAUGUUUUUUUUUUAACUCUGUGGUAAAAUAUUGCGGACGUAAUGUAUAUUGAACCUUUAUUGACCGAGUGUGCCUGUUCAAUCAUGGUUAAAUAUCGGCCUAAUUCACUUUUGGUAUUGUUAUGGAACUUGACUGGCUAGUGGUCAAAGAGAGGAACUACAGAUCAAAGAGUCAGUUUUGAGUCAUGCCCAGAUUGCUAAUUGGGUACAGACAAACUGUCUAGGGAACCAGACAAAUGUUGGCAGUGAAAAUUAAGGGGUAACCCUGCAAAGGGCCUGCAUCCUAUCGAGGUUCGGUGCACAGGGGGUACUACAGGCAGAGCCUUCCAGCUCCUUCACUGAUUUUAUUUUUUAUGUGAUACUUUCACCAUUAUUUCUUUUUUCAAGAAUUCAACAUGGCUGCUCAUAAAGGAAAACAAAUGCUACCUGGUGGGAGCAAAACACGAUCAGCCCUUCAGGCAGGAUAUUUUGAUCAGAGAUUCAACAGAGUCAUGGAAGGGGAGGCCUUCACUGAUCCUGUAAAGCGGCGUAGACAGGACAAACUAAAGAGUAGUAAGCUUAACAUAGGAAAGGCUUUUGUUCCAAGUAGUGGAGAAAAAUUACCGUAAGUUUAUGUGAGGCUUUGCUGCAGUUAUGCAAAAUGUUCAUUAGAAAAGUGAAACCUUUAAUAUAGAGACCUUGCAUUAAUAAUAACUCCUGAUAACUCCUAGAAGUGAUGAACAUCUCAAAUCUCCUGAGAAUUUCAAUACAUCAUGCAACAAAUUGGUAAUAAGAACUUAAGGUUUGAUCAGUUGGAGAGUGUCGUCAAGAUCGGUUUGCUUCUUUUUGUAUCCAUUUAGCUGCAUACUGUAUAGGAAUUAUGAGAUACUUUCUGUUUCUCUGUGAUAUAACACCAAAUUCUAAUUUAUAAGGAAAUAUAUAGCACCUGGAGGGGAGACAUGUCAAUCAAAUCUUGGGAUUUAAAGGGUUAUGCUGAUGGAAAAGGAUAAUCUUUUAAAUUUUGUCCUGAGUUUUUCAACAUAUACAAACAAUGCAAUUCAACACCUGAAAUAAACUAAGUUUCUCUGCUUUUGUAAUACCUGUACCAUAUCUCAUGCAUAGAUUUAAUUUGAAGUACAUUUUUUGUUGAAUGUGUGCAGUUCAGGAGCAGGAAACCAUUAUGGAACUUUCAGUGGAGCCAUUACAGCUUUUAGCCCUGUGUCCAAGGGGAAAAAACCAACAGAGUCUGCUGGAAAGAACUUCUUGACAAACCCACCAAAGAAGGGGACAGGGUUUGGAUAUCUGAAUGUGACAAUUGGUGCCCCACCCAAGUACAUGUCUGAUGCUUAUGAACGUGCAAGAGAGCUGCGAAAGGUAACUGGCCUUAUUGUUAGGUUAAACUACCUGUAUUCCCUCUUGUUCAGAAAUCACAGUUAGCACAGACCUUAAUGUUCUUGGUGGCAACAAUGUGCAUAUAUUUUUCCACUGAUUUCUGUUGACUUUCACCAUGAAAUUUGCUCAAAAAAGAGAGGAGACUUUGCAUGGCCAUUAUUAAUUCAUUCUCUUUAAUUUCAAUCUUCCAAAGCAGAUAGAGCUUUCCUAGAUUUUGAGGAAAAAAGGGAAUCUGUGCCUCAAAACAUCUAUUAGAUCAGAUGUUGAUGGGCUCAUUACAGAUUACUUCCAGAAUUUUCUCACACCACCCACAGUCCCCCCUUCCCCACUAACAAUUCACAGGUAUUCAUUCUGUGUACAAGCUGGAGAUCUGUUUUUCAACUGUCUUGAAAAUCUAAAGGUGUCCCCAAGUGUAAUCACGGUGGGUUCCUUGGUUGUCUCAGGAUAAAAAUUUCGCAUCUUCCAUUAAAAGCAAAAAUCCUGACAGGCACAAGCUGAUGUAGUUUGUACACCCUGUAUGAACCUUUGGGUAAAUAAGCACUUAAUUGCAUGCUCUAAAUGAUAUUUUAUUGAAUAACUUUUUUAACAGAAAGAGAUGGAAGGAAGCCUGAAAGCAAGAAAGGGAGGAGCAUAUAAACUAAAUCUUCAUCCUAAGGCCUAUUUUGAUGGAAAUCCCUACAAAUCUGACAGACGUAAGCGAUGAAUAUUCAUUGCCUUUCAAUUAAAGGGCUCUUGAAUCAAGUUUUGUUUAAGUCCUUAAAAACAUGUGCAAAAGAGCACAUUACACUUUCUAGAUGACUAGAGCAAUAAAUUGGUUACUGGACUUAUCACCCCCAGAAGCACACUUGUGUAGAUUGUGUAAACUAUUGUUUGGAAUAUGUCAGUUUUGUCAAUUUUUUUCAAACUCAAAUCCUUAAUUUGCUUUGUGUUAUUUCAGCUCUUCCGCCUGUAAAAGAGACUAGGAAACCCCCAGAAGGAUUGAAGCCUUUUAAACCCAGUUCUCCACCAAAAGAGGUAAUUAAACUGAACCACUUAAAUGAAGAGUUUCUCAGGCUGAUCCAUGUCCCAGAUGGAUCUCUUCUCAGUUUCAGUUGCAAGGGGCAUUACCUCACAGGAUUGGCAUUCUUUCAGGAAGGAAUGCUAGUCCAUGGUUGCCUUAAUCCUGUUAGACUAUGAGUUGGAAAUUUGAAAGAGUUUUGUGACAUCCAACAAACUCUGGGAAGUGAGACUUGGCCCAGUAAAGGCCUAGUUCAUUGUAGACUUUCUGUAACUUGAUGAAAGAGCAUUGGAGUGAAAAAUCCUAGGAGGGACUCAGAAUUUUUUCUUUGUCCCAUUCUUGUGACGAGAUAAAAAAACACUUUUCUCUUCUUUUAUAAGUCUGACAAUUUUCUGAUUCUUGCUUUUUUAAGUUUCUAUUCCUCAUCAUUUCUUAGUAGGGAAACUAGGAUAGGCUCAAUCAAAAAUGGGCCACUUGGCUUAUUUGCCUUCCCCCUUGGAAAGUUUAAAGAAAUAUUUCCUGAACAAAAUUUGACAAUGUUGUUCCUUUUCUUUAUAGAUUGGUGGUAUGAAGGCUGGUUGCUUUGACAAUUACCCAUCUCACUCUAAUGAUCCUUAUGUGGUCAAAAAACCAAAAGGUAAUGAUGGAACAGAGAAAAGGAUCUUCAGACCCUCUCAGGGACCAAAAUCAACACGAACGACAUCCAUCAUAAAUCAAAAUGUAGAACGACGCAUCAAUAACCUAAACUUCAGACAACCUAUCACUGUGUCCAUAUAAUUAGAUACACUUGGUAAUAAUUAUGUGAAUGCAAAAAAAGUUAAUUUUGUAAAGGCUAGUGUGUAUUAAUUCAUGUGUUGGAUUUAGCAUGUAAGAACAGAAAAGCUUUGAAAAUAAUGCAAAGUUAGAUCGUAUAUCUAACAGUUUUAAUGUACAUGGUAUAUUUUAAUUUUAAAGUGUGAGCAGUUACAUAAAGAAUAAUUGAUUGUAAUACUGUAAAUUAAAUUUCCUUUCUUUUUUAUAGCAAAAUAGGCCACCUACUUGACGAGGUUGUCGGUUGUAACAACUUCAAAUAUGUUAAAGAACUUCUAGAACUUGUGAUUGCAUUUCUGUCACUUGUCAAAAAAGGAAGGAUCUUUUAAAACUGACAAGUUAAUUAUUUGUCUUUUAAGUUCUUAUGGAUACUGUGUGCCUGCUUAUCUUCUAAAUACGGU